GUUCGGCCAAUGUUUUUAGAAAAAGUACUACGUGUAAUCAUGGUUAGGAUAGGAAUAGUAACGAAUAAUGACAGCUGAAGUCCUCGCAGUUUUAGGUUAUUUACCUUAAUUUUACUCUCAUUCGUUCGCGAAUGUCGCCUAACAUUGUAAUCGCGAAUUUAUUUCAAGUCGAUAGACGACUUUGGCACCAAUGACUUUCACUGGAAAACAUGACACCAUAAAAUAGAGUCGAACUGGUCCGAAAGAACUGGAAUUUCGUGAAAUGGAUGAAGAGAAGUCGGAUUCGUUCUGUAAGGAUGAAGUCUCGUCAGAAAGUCUUGAUCAGACCGAUUUCAACAUGAAUCCGAAUAUUCCAAUUUUAGAAGUUAAUGGAUCCCAGAAUGAGCAUGUCAUUAUGAUAAAUGAGGACAAGAAGCCACUUCAGGAGAAACUCUCUCAAAGUGAGAUAGACUCAAUUUUAUUGAAUAACAAUGAUCAGAAAGAGUAUCAUCCUUUGAUAGAAGUGAACAGUAUUAAUUCGUCAAUUAAGGGUUCUACUUCCUUAAGUAAUUUAUUGGAAAACAACCUCUUGGAAUGUGCAGUAUUGCCUAGAGACGCAGGCAAAUCGCAAGAAAAUUCUCUAUUGAAAUCAUCUUCUUAUAGCAGCAUUGAUCUGUCUAAUUCAUUUUCAUAUUCACCUGCAGAUAUGAUUUUAAAUGACGCUGCAAAAUCUGUGGAAUCAGAUGAUUAUGAAGAAUUAAAACUAACACCAGAUAAUAAAGAAGAAAUAUUGUUUAAUAAUACACCGAGCUCAAAUACUGAUCAAACACUGUCAGAGGAAGCUUCAAUUCAGAAUUCUAUCAUACACGAAAAGCUAAUGGAAAAUAUUGAUCGAACAGAACCUUUGAAACACUUAAAGUAUGAGAAAAUUGUUAAUAAAGAUGGACAAAAGACUUCUCAAAACUUCAGGAACAAUAGGUCACAAGGCAAUUUAAUAGCUCGACCUACUCUGAUUGAUGACAGCAAGUUGGUUAAAAUUUCACUGCCAACAAAACCUAUUAAUAUAAUGCAAUCAAAUGCUCAGUUCUUGAAUAAAAGUCGUAACUUUUUAAAUUUUAUUACAGAGAAGUCAUCAAACAUAAUGGAAAAAGCUUUAUUGCCACAACAUUUAUCUUUAAAGUACAAUUCAGUGAUGAAGUCUGUAGAUAACAGUAGCAAUGAAAAAAAAAGUAUAGGAGAAUCCUAUAGUACACAAUUUCCAUUGCCAGAGCCAACAAAUAAUACCAAAUCAAGCAUAGUAGAGAAGCCAAAAGAUACAUUGUAUUCAUCAAAUAGUCAAAUCGAUGUACAAAAUAUAGAGAAAGAAUUUGCAGUUGGCUGUGAAACAAAAGAUAAUUUUGUAACAAAUCAAACCGAAAGCAUAUGCAUUAACACUGAAAAGAGGAGUGAAAAUAGUGAUCAACCUAACUGUUCAUUAAGCAUCGAAAAACAAAUAGAAAUGAAUUCUGAUAAUAAAGAAGGUAACACAGAACAUGAUAUCGUCCACAUAGAAAAAAACGCAAACUGUGAACAACAUAAUAACUCUGAAGUUUUCAAUUCAGAGUGCAGUAGUUUUGAUUCUGAAACGUCCAAGCAGAGUUUGCUUAAACACCCAGCAUACCUUACUAUGUUAAAAGAUUAUGCGGACUCUAAAGCAAACUGUUUAAAAUUACAAGAGAAAGUUGAGUAUUUGGAGGAAAGAAAUCGGUUGUUGGAAGCAGAAAACAGGGGAGAGAUUUAUGCUUUACAAAUUGAAACUUUGGAGAAGACAAUAAAUAGACUUACUUCUGAACUACAUGGCUCGUUGGAAUCCCAGGAAAACCUAAAGAAAGAAUAUAGCGCUGCUAACAAAGAAAGGGAGUGCAUGGUGAUGAAGUACGCUGUUGGUGAAAAACAAUUGAUCGAUACGCAAAGAGCCAGAGAACACGCAGAACGUAAAGCAAAAGACAGUGCAAGACAACAAGAACUGCUCCAAAAUAAAUUGCGCGAGAUGCAGGCAGAAAGAACAAGAAUAUGUAACAUCUUGGAUGGAAAGUGUCGCGAGGUAACUGAACUUCAAAAGGAAGCAGAGAAGUUAAAAGAAGAUGUAAACAUGAGAGACAUCAAAUUGAAAUGGACUCAGAACAAACUUAAAUUGGAGAUGGACACACAAAAGGAAACUCAGCAGAAGUUAGAUAAAGCCACGACAAGGAUCAAUGAAAUGAAAGAGGAAUGCGAUCUUAUACGUAAAGAGACGCAAGAAACGAUGCGGCAAUUCCAACAGUCGGAGGAAAAUAAAGCGGUUACCCUAGAUCAACAAUUGAAGGAGCAACAAGCGCGUCUAAUAUUGGAAAGACAUGUUACAGAAGAUAAAGAAAUGUUGAGGCUUCAGUUACAGAAAGAGGUCGAGACCCUGAAGCAGAGGCAGCAGAUUCUAAUCGAAGAAAACAAUACACUCAGCUUGAAAAUACAAGAUGCCGAGAAGAACCGUUUGAAUUAUGAAAGCAAUUUGAGCAACCUGAAGAUCAUAGCCGAUCAACGUCAGAAAGAAGUUUUAGAGCUAAAUGGAAAAGUGUCCGAGUUAGAAACGCUGAAGGUUCAAUUGCAACAUAAAGAACAGUGUCAACAAUCGGCUGAAGCGGAGAUAGAUAACCUGCGAUUAGUCAAUGAAGAAUUACAAGCCGACAUGUAUGCCUGUCGACAGAAGGAAGCUGAAAUGUUAGACUUCACGCAAAAAUUGACAGACAAAAAUGUACGCCUUCAGUUGGAGUUCACGGCCAUCGAAGCUAAAGUGAAGAAACUGGAGGAAGAACACGAACCGUUGCACGCACGUAUUAGGCAUUUGAUGGAAGAAGUUAAGAUUCUUGAGGUAAAGCUCGCGAAGGAGCAGGAAACAAGAACAGAAGAAAGUAAACUCUUAGCCAUGCAUGUCGCCGAACAAACACAACUGGCGCAAGGUCUUAAUCAGAAGUUAGAAGAUAGCCAAGGAGAGAAUGCUGUUUUGAAGAGGAAACUGCAACUAACUAUGAAGGAAAUGACAAGAGAGCUGCAACAAUGUAGAAAAAAGCUGGAAGCUUAUCAAUCAUCAUCGCCUUGCAAUUCGUUGGGAGCUGCAUCAAGAGCUGGAUCAAAUAUUUCACUGAACACAGGAGAUACAUUAAAUGGUGCCUUAUCUGAUAACAGUAUGAAUGGUGACCAAAACGUUCAGGUCGUGGAACCUAGUACACAUACGUUAAUGGAGCGAAUUGUAGGAUUGCAAGUAGCCAUUGCUAAGAAGGCUGAAAGAAUCGAAUUCCUUGAGGACCAUAAUCGAUAUCUGACAGAGGAGGUGCAAAAGAAGUCGAAAAUUAUACAGUAUUAUAUUUUACGAGAAAAUUCUGGUGCCAUGGGGAGCAAUGAGCGAGACAGAUAUAAGCAUAUCAAGAGUAGAAGAAAUGCAGCGGAAUUAGCUCGAUACGGAGGAAUAAUGGCCUCAAUUUUCACCCAACGAGUUUCAGACGAGAAAAUGACUCUGAAGCUGUCGUUAGAAAUUAAUGAAAAACUGCAAACAACUGUAGAGGAUACUUUACUAACAAAUAUGACUUUAAAGGAUAAUAUUGAUACGCUGAGUCAAGAGAUAGCUAGGCUAACAAUGCAAAACCAACAAAGGCAAAUAACUAAUUAAAGGUAUACGGUUGUACUUACGAUGAAACAGUUGUACUUAUUAUGUAAAGAUAUUGGAGUAACAUGUGCAUGUAUUAAAGAUGUGAAGAUAGGCGUAUUAUUAUCUAAGAAAAUUUACGAUGCACGAGUACCUCCGAUUUUAACAUCGCAAAUUGAACAUUAUAAAGAAAGGCUAGAUUUUUAUUCGUUAAAAGAUAAAUAUCGAAUAUUUACCUCAGAAAGAUCUAUUUCAUGGUAACUUGGAUGAAGAUAUAUUUUUUUAAGUUAGAAGUGGCUAGCUAAAACAAACUUUUACUUACUGUUACGUUAUUUCUUGGUGCACAGUUUAUGUUUUACGUGUUAUUAUUUCUUACAUUGUACUAUACGUUUUGUGGCAAGACUCUUCGAAUACAAAUCUUGAGAUUUCCCAUACGUUUUUUACCUAGAUUUUUUUUUUUUUUAAAGUUUUACUAUUACUUUUUACUUGGUACGGAAAAUAUAUGAAGACUGUACUUCAGUAACAAAAAACAUAUUCGUCAUAUCUAGUCAGAGAAAGGUGUAACUUAUUGAAUCGGUUUUGUUGAAAAUGUUAUCUAAGAAUUGCAAAUGAUGUUUAAUAUACAUUGGAUUUUGUUCGUUUCGAUGGAUACCAAUCUUCAACGGUACAUUCCGUCGGUGCAUUCCAAAGUUGUCAACACACGACGAAAAUUUUAACUAAAGUUCUGUUGGUAUUGUAUCCCAUGUAUAUAUAUAUGCAACAAAUACACUUUAACGAAUAA